UGUGCCUAAGCCAGGAUUGAAGGUGAAUCCAAUUUAGAAAAACACCCUUGAUGAACAAAGCAUGAUGCAAAGAGGAAAAUUUACGUGGCUGUUCUGAUGCACGGUGGCACAGCAGUGUGGGGACCAUCUCCAGGUGGCAGCUGACGGGACUUAGGAUCACUCGUUAUAAAAGGGAAGUCUUGACUCAGCCCUGAGCAGUGGAGCUGGCCAUCCUUGAGGAUUACAGGAGCUGUUUAGACCAGGGGAAAUCUGGCUUUAGAACAGGAGGCAACUGAAGUAACUUGUGAAUGUAAACACCUUGGGAUCUGUCAUUAAAAGAGGCAAAAAAUCCAUCUUCUGAACUCAGCUGCAGCCAGAGAUGAGCCUGAGGAAAGCAGAGGAGAUAAAAGCUUGAUGUUUACAUGAUGAAGGACGGCUUGUGACAUUGAACUAGAAAUUUGACCUCAAGAUGACUGUGGAGGAUCUGCAGGCUUCAGGCACCCCUUUCUCGCUAUCCUUUUCAGGCAGCGGCUUUCUUGCCCUGUACCAGGUUGGGGUGGUGCAGUCCCUCCUGGAGCUGGCUCCCGAGCUGCUCAAAUCUGCCUGCAAGGUCUAUGGCUCAUCUGCUGGCUCACUUAUCGCUGCUGCUGUGGUGUGUGGCAUCAGCCUCGAUGACCUAAAGGAAUGUUUCUUUGCAACUGCCAAGGAAGCCAGGAAAACCAUCCUGGGCCCUCUCUCUCCCAAGUGCAGCUUGUUGGCAAAUAUCAGGGCUGUUUUGCAGCGGAGGCUGCCAGAGGACUCCUACCAGGUGGCUUCGGGGCGGCUGCACAUCUCACUCACGCGGGUAGUGGACGGCCAAAACGUCAUGGUCUCUGAGUUCAGCUCGAAGGAGGAGCUCAUUCAGGCUCUCCUCUGCAGCUGUUUUCUUCCUAUCUACUGUGGGUUCAUCCCUCCGUCCUACCGAGGUGUGCGAUACGUUGACGGAGGAUUCACAGGUCUGCAGCCUGUCUCCAGCUUGGAGGAAGCCGUGAUCACUGUGUCCCCAUUCACAGGAGAGCUCGAUAUCUGUCCACGGGACUGUCCUGCCAUCUUCUACUGUUUCCAGAUCUUUAACGGCAGCAUUCAGAUCUCAGUAGAAAACCUGUGCAGGAUCAGCUAUGCCCUCUUUCCACCUAGCACCAUGAUCUUGAACGACAUUUUUUCCCAAGGGUACCAGGACACUGCCCUUUUCCUAUGCAGGAACAAUGCCUUUGGCUUUAACUACUUUGACGGCAAUUUCCGCUUUGCCAGCAUGUGUGGGAAGAGCGACUUUCCGCAGCCUAACGGGAUGUUAAACAGCCUGAGCAAAAGGGUGCCACAGUACCUGGUGCCGCACUUCCUUCCAGGCCUGGCUCGGUGGAAGAAGCAGGAGAUGUUCAGACUGCAGGAUCCACUGUCAAAGGUCCUGUUGCAGCCAUACAAGCUGCCAGCGUUUCUUAAGAAGGGGCUGAAGCAGCUGUGGAAGCUGCUGGAAGACAUCGUCUCCCUGGCAAAACAGUUCCAGAAGCUCCUCCAAACUGUGGUGCCCAGCUUGCCUAAGAGAGCCAUGGCCAAGGGGUAACCAUCCCGGAUGGGCCCUGGGGUUCUCCAACACCAAGUAGUUUUCCAUCCCAGGAAGCAGUGGGUGACACCAGAGAUUGUUUCACAUGGCUGCAUGGCUGCUGUCUUUGUGGAGUUCUGCAGGGGUGGCUUUUUCACUUGGGGAAAUGGGCUGAUUUUGUUUCUAGAGUUAUUGCUGCAGUCUCCCUAUCCAGGCCUGACCAGCUUUAACAUGAUGGCCAAGGAAAAGCACUGCAGUGUUGCAUCUGCAGCCAAACCACAGGCUGCACAGGAGGGAUCCAGCAUCUUGACUUGCAUGUAUGUAUAGCCCAGCCACUGUUUUACCUAACCACUGACCACCAGAAGCAUCCCUCUCCCUUUUUUAAUCCAGAUCGCAGGACAGGCAUUUGCCAGGAAAUGUUACAUUUUAAAUGCAUCAAAAACUUUCAAACUUCCUAGUUUCCUGAAAUUAUUUUACCAACUACCUAUUCUUGAGCUCCAAAUGCACUUGGAGGCCUGCUUUUCCUGCCAGUGGAUGUAGGGGAACCUUUGGACCACAUUAAAUUUGCAUCAGUUAAGAAGGAAGGAUGGAGAAGCCUAACGAUUAACUCUUCUUCUUCAAAGCACUGCAGUCCUGGAGACUGUAUCUAUUACACAGCGAGAGCUGACAUUUCACAAAUACAUUAGUUCUUUCCAUCGUUCUGUCAUUUGCUGAUACAAGCAGUGUACAACCUAGGCAAACACACCUCUUGUUGCUGAUCUUGUUGCUGUAGAAAGAAUUGGCAGCACUCAUUUCAAACACCUUUUGCACAUCAGAUGCUGAUGGAUUGGCUGUAUCCCCAACCAAGUCUCCUGCAUUUGUUGGUUCCUGAUGGGCAGUGAACAGCACAAUAGCACAAGCUGUUUAUUUGAAUAAACAGCUUGUUUAAUUGCACAAAGGGAAAUAGUACAGAUGGAAGUUUCAUCCAAAUAGCUCUGGGGACUGCAGGCUUGAGUGUGGGAUAGCUAUAGGCUGCAUUGAUAUAAACAGAUUCUAAGCUAACUAUGACUGCACAGUGAAAGAUGUAUAAUUACAUCCUGCUAUCUCUGCUUGAAAUCAAUGACCUGGAAAUACUAUAUAUGCAAUGUGCACCUCUGAGCUUGCUAAAAGAAACCUGGGUGCUUGUUUUCAUUGGAUCCAUCAAAACCUGUUCCUAUCUCCCUUCUGUACUGGACAGAUUUAUACAACUCAAGCCCCUCAGCUAAAGCUGGGAUGCUCGAAACCAGCUCGUGAACUAUGACCAUCUACCCCACCACAGGUCAAAGCAGAGGUGGGACAGAGACACCCGCCACUCCCAGGCAGGAGCAGGGCUGGUCAGCCUGUCAUCUGCUUUAGCUUAUACUACACUUCUGCAUUCCCUUCCAGGCAGACAGCCCCACUGUGCAACAGCCUUUCUCCUGGUCUCUCUAGCAAGUACCACCACCCUUUAGCAGGAUAGGGCCAUUUCAGUCAGCCUCAGACAGUUACAGUAUUUCUCACUCAAAUGGGAAUUAAAAUCCCCCAAAGAAAACUGUCAUAUAAGAAUUGGAUAUCCAAAUCCACCAAGUUUGUCUGCAAAUCUUAGCCACCAAACAGGAGCAUAGCUUGAAGGGCAUUUCACCUGCCCAAGUUAUGUGGUAUGGUGCUUGAUCAAACAGAGCUAGCAAAACUUCAGGAAUUUUCUGUUAACAAAAAAAAAAACAAAAAACAAAAAACAGCCUACAGGGAACAUCUUAAACAGAACUCCCAUACCACAAGCCUGCAGAUGUGUGUUAGGAACUAAGUAGUGACUCAUCAUACAUAUCAGCUGCUUUAUGCUUUAUUAAGCCUUCAUCUUUUCAAGUAAGCACAUCUGGUGCUGUCUGCUCUCCACAAGCUUGGGGCUAAUGGCACAAAGGAGUCUUUGCAAGGGGCAGAAGCAAAGUUUGACAUUUUUUUGAAUCAUCUCAUGCAGGAGCUUGUUUCAAGCUGGGAAAGCCAGAUGCACUCCCUUCAAACCAUGCAGCAGAUUCUGUAUUUCUCCUGAAACAGCCCUGCUCAGGUAGGGUAAUGAGGCCUGCAGGGAUAGGAGGAGUGCUGUGGCCCAGCCUGUGCUGGUGACAUUAUUGCCAGUGUGUUCUUCAAUGCAUCUUGGUGUGUGUCAGCAGGCUGGGUUGCAAGUUGCUCUCUUCUCUUUGAAACAUAAACUGGGGUAAAAGGCAGCAGAUGCAUUAGAAACAAUCUUCUGUAGCUGGCAAGACCCUAAAGGGAGUAAAACCACAUUGAUCAAUUUGACUGACUCUUCUGUGACAAACUGGAUUCAAAUACCUGAUAGGGCUGCUUCCUUCCCUUCUGUUAUCUCCAAUGUAAUAGGAUAAGCAUGUUUUGAAAUGCUUAAAACAAUGUCCCCAUAUUGCUGUUCUGCUGCUUGGAUUAGUCUACAUUGAAUCCCAUAGAAAUAUGAAGCCCAAGGUAGCUGUGAUGAAGGUUUGGACACAAUCCAAGCAAUUAGGUACUUUCUCUGAAGCUAGAUCCCACCCUAGAUCCAGCAGGAGGGGAAUCUUGGGGCCUGAUCCAUGCAACUGAGCGAAAACAAAACAAACGUGUCCUAUCCUGUGUCUCAGGGUUUUUGCUGCAGAUAUUUUAUCGUGAACUGACUGUUUCUAUGUUAGAUACUAAGGGCUUCAAAAAUGUCCUGCUGGGCAGAUGGAUAAAGAGGCAAAUGUUUGUGAUUAACUCACUAAUCUACCCUGAGCUUUGCUCCUGUGCAAGCCUUACAGAACAAUAGUCCUUUUGGAGCUCUUCUGGCUUAUUCAGGAACACAGUUGAGAGCUGUGUGCAGGUUUAUACCCUUGCUUAUUUAGUUACACUAAUGACCUUACAGUGUUGUACACAUAGACAAUAAAAUAGUCUUUUUCUAACCUAAUCAGGGCUUUUCCUUCCCAGCCAUGAGAAAUCUGAGGCACUUCUCCCCAGGAGACUGAGAGCCCUUACUAAUGUCUUGGUUGUUAUGUGGCCUAACAAGUAAGUCUUGAUUCCUACCACAGGUGAUCUUAGGUUAGUGAAAACUGUUACAGCCCAGCUGCUGGCUUGGGGAAAGCUCAUUUUAAUUCCUACCCUCAAAACUAGAGACAAAGGAAUCCCUGAUUGUCCAGACCCCGUCCAGCCUCCAAAUAAACCUGUUUGCUAUUCUGCUACUUUCAAAAGCUACAUGUAGAUCAGACUGAUUGAGAUAAACAAGCAAGCAUGCAAACUAUUAUGCAUUUUCACAGUAGGCCUCUUUCCAUUGGUUGAGUUGUCAGUACUUUACACUGGUUUUCAAAUGAAAUGUCUUUUUUUGCUUUCAUUUAAGGUUUUGCAUUCAUUUUCCAAGGUUUUAAUUUUAGAUAUGGAAUGUUGAGGUCCCUGUUUCCCCCCCUCUGUAUUUCUCAUCUGGUGUGGUCCUCCUAGGUGUAGAAGCACUAUAUUUGUAUCUUUUUUCAUUUUUUUUCUUCAAUGUAUGUGGUAACAUCUUAAAUCACCACCAUGUUGGAAAAGCUGUGUAAUUUCCCCUAAACUGGCAAACUUGGAAAUGCUGGAAGACUCAGAAAAACAAAAGAAAUAAUAAAAGGAAAAAGCAAUGAUGCA